UGUACUAUUCACAAUGUAGCAGCUACACAUAUAACACACUUUUAAAUUUAGUAUCUAUUAUUAACAUUUUUAAAAUCAUUUUCUUAAGACAGUCAACAGAUCAGUAAAGCUAUUGUGUAGUGGUUGCUAACUUCUGUGGUGUAAAUACUCCCACCAUAGCCACUUUCAUGCUAUCAUUCUGACUGAGCAUGGAGUUGGGAAGAGAUGGGACAGUAGCACACCACUAUAUAGUAUUUCCACCAUGCAGAUAAAAUGGGCAUAAAUAACGACAAAAAUAUAGAUAACAGUAAAAUAAUGAGUUUUGAGUAUUUAGUACCUUUAGUACAUUUUAUUUAAGCAAAACUUUACAUAAUGUAAUUCUUCAUACCGACCCUAUUUUAACAGGCUUACAAAAAUCCUAAAAAUGUAACUGGUUCUCAUGAGCUAACAGGAACUGGCUCCAGCACACCACUAGAUGUAGACCAUUGGUCCAGUGAUUCUCAACCUUGACUGCAUAUUGGAACACUCCAGGAAAAAUAUAACCAACCAUCUUAGUAGAUCUGUAUUGGGGCCCAGGAAUCUGAAUGUAAAACAUUUUGUUGAAGUGUAUCUCAUUUCAAGAAAAAUAUACAUAUCAUAAGUAUAUAACUUAAAGAAUUUUCACCAUCUGAGCACACCCACAUAACUGGCACCUACAUACAGAAAUAGAACAUCACCACCAACAAGGCUUUCUUAAACUCCUAUCCAGUCACAACCCAAUGGAGGGUUUUAUAAAUGGACACUGACAUGGACUACGAAAGGCCCAACGUUGAAACCAUCAAGUGUGUGGUCGUGGGAGACAACGCCGUGGGGAAGACACGCUUGAUCUGUGCCAGAGCAUGUAAUACGACGCUAACGCAGUAUCAGCUGCUGGCCACCCAUGUACCAACUGUGUGGGCAAUUGACCAGUACCGGGUCUGCCAGGAGGUUUUGGAACGUUCCCGGGAUGUUGUUGAUGAAGUGAGUGUUUCUCUCAGGCUUUGGGACACUUUUGGCGAUCAUCACAAAGACCGGCGCUUUGCAUAUGGCAGGUCUGAUGUUGUGGUCCUCUGCUUUUCUAUUGCUAAUCCCAACUCCCUAAAUCAUGUGAAAACCAUGUGGUAUCAAGAAAUCAAGCACUUUUGCCCCCGCACACCUGUUGUCCUAGUUGGCUGCCAGCUAGACCUCCGCUAUGCCGAUCUUGAAGCUGUUAAUCGAGCCCGACGCCCUUUAGCAAGGCCCAUAAAGAGAGGAGAUAUUCUGCCCCCUGAGAAAGGCCGAGAGGUUGCAAAGGAAUUGGGCAUCCCAUACUAUGAGACGAGCGUCUUUGAUCAGUUUGGAAUCAAGGAUGUGUUUGACAACGCAAUCCGGGCAGCGCUGAUUUCCCGCCGGCACCUGCAGUUCUGGAAAUCCCACCUGAAGAAAGUUCAGAAACCUUUACUUCAGGCACCAUUCCUACCUCCAAAAGCCCCUCCACCGGUCAUCAAAGUCCCAGAGUGUCCCUCUGCGGGGACGAGCGAAGCCGCCUGUUUACUGGACAAUCCUCUGUGUGCCGACGUCCUGUUCGUCCUCCAGGACCAGGAGCACAUCUUUGCACACCGAAUAUACCUCGCUACCUCCUCUUCCAAAUUUUAUGAUCUUUUUCUAAUGGAAUGUGAAGACACUCCAAAUUGGAGCGAAGUUACUUGUGAGAAGGAGAAGCAGAGCUGGGAUGUCCAGGAGCAGGCAUGGGGUGUCGUUGACCCAGAUGAGGAGCAGGAGGAGGGGACCGCAAGGACGCCUCAGGCUGACCAGAGGGAGUCCUCCAGCCAGAACCUGUCCCAGCAGGAGAUUCUAAAGCUGGAAGCCGAGGGCUCACUCCCAGAGGCACAGACACUGGCAGGCUGGAGUAAGGGGUUUCUUGGCAUGCACAAGGAAAUGCAAGUCAAUCCCAUUUCAAAGCGGGUGGGCCCCGUGACCGUGGUCAGGAUGGACUCGUCGGUCCAAUCGGGCCCUUUCCGGACCCUGCUCCAGUUUCUUUACACGGGGCAACUGGAUGAAAAGGAGAAGGACUUGGUGGGCCUGGCUCAGAUCGCAGAGAUCCUGGAGAUGUUUGACUUGAGAAUGAUGGUGGAAAACAUCAUGAACAAGGAAGCCUUCAUGAACCAGGAGAUUACGAAAGCGUUUCACGUCAGGAAGGCCAAUCGCAUAAAAGAGUGUCUUAGCAAGGGGACGUUCUCAGAUGUGACAUUUAAGUUGGACGAUGGAGCCAUCAGUGCCCACAAACCGCUGCUGAUCUGUAGCUGCCAGUGGAUGUCUGCCAUGUUCGGGGGGUCAUUUGUGGAAAGCGCCAACAGUGAGGUGUAUCUCCCGAACAUAAACAAGAUGUCAAUGCAGGCGGUACUGGAUUAUCUCUACACCAAGCAGUUGUCGCCUAACUUGGACCUGGACCCACUGGAAUUAAUUGCCUUGGCGAACAGAUUCUGCCUGCCACACUUGGUUGCACUUGCAGAGCAGCACGCAGUUCAGGAGCUGACCAAGGCUGCUGUGAGUGGCGUGGGCAUUGAUGGGGAAGUGCUCUCUUAUUUGGAGUUGGCCCAGUUCCACAAUGCCCACCAGCUGGCCGCCUGGUGCCUGCACCACAUCUGCACCAACUACAACAGUGUUUGUUCCAAGUUCCGCAAGGAGAUCAAAUCGAAAUCUGCAGACAACCAGGAAUACUUUGAGCGCCACCGGUGGCCCCCGGUGUGGUACCUGAAGGAAGAAGACCACUACCAGCGGGUGAAAAGGGAAAGAGAGAAGGAAGAUAUUGCACUAAAUAAACAUCACUCGAGACGAAAGUGGUGCUUCUGGAAUUCAUCUCCAGCAGUCGCCUGAGGAGGAAGAGGAGGAAAAGUCAGUAAUCCAUCACACCCUUUUGAAAGCACUACUGUACCAUUAGUCUUAUUAUUAGCGAUAAGCUGUAGGUCAGGUUUCAGGCACUGGUCUUCCUCCACUUUUGUGCAUUUAUCUGGCUGGGAUCAAAGCACAAGCUCACCAUCAAUGAGCCUGGACAAAAGGGAAGUUGACAAUGCUCACUGCAUUCCUUCAACUUACAUGUAUAUUUUUUGUUAGAAGGCUUAAUAAACCUUAGUCCGUUUUGGGUGGUUUUUUUUUUUUUUCUCGUUUCUUUUUAUACAAAGGGAAAAAAACAAUUCAGCUUUCAUGUUGCAAAUUCCAAUUUGGAAAAUAUUUUUAUAUGGUCUCUUGUAUUUUGUUGAAAUGAAAAUACUAUGUAUUACUUUAUUUUACAGGCCACAAAUUAACCAUGAAGUCGCCCUGUGAUUCUCUGUUCCCACACGAUCACGGAGCGUUAUUACAUAAUUAGAGGGUUAGCCUUUUGUUGUGAAGUAAAGGGUUGGAAUAAAACUCCCCAAAGUGCAAGUUAGAGAGUGUUUAAUCUUUGUUCUGCCAACUAACACUGGUAUAAUUACCAAGUCAACUCCAAGAACGUGUAUUUACAAUAUUUGCCGUGUAAGUGCUAGUAAUUAUAUGGUUAUGUGUGCCAUGUAAAAUAUAGUGAUAUCAAAUCUUCUGUUGUUUAAAAUGUCUAGUUUCAAGAGGAUAAUCUUUCUAAUCAUUAGAAGGGCUUAUUAAAUCCCAGCAUUAUCCAGGGCAAACUCACUGGUGGACCUGAAUACAAAAGAUACCAUAAGAGUGUUGGUGUUUGGAUUGCUGUAUUAGGGUCUAUGUCUCUCAGUAUUCAUUGAUCUCGCCAUGCUUCUGCAUGCCGAUUCUCUACUGACUUGAAUCUAGUUGGGUAAGGGCAAGGGUCCCUGAACUCUGUCCCACCAUCUGCAGGCUUGUCACAUCUCACCACCAGAAACAAGCUUCCUCAGGUCUCUCACCUGUGGCCAACUUCACUUGUAAGACACGUAUUUUUAAUUCUUCCCAGGGAAAAUCCAUGUUGCUGCAGAAAUAGGCUAAGGAAGGUGGACCACCCACCCCAGCUGAAAUUCAGCGGGGCCUAUGAAGGCACAAAGCUGGAGGCUGGGUCGUCUGGGGUCCCUGUGUUCUCCAAUGUAGACAGGAAUCUUAUUCCAAGAGUCUAGGAAAUGGUGCUAUUGUGAGUUUGUUCUGACCCCUUGUCAUUCUGAGUUUUCACUGUUAAAAUAGAAAGUACUGAGCCAGGGAGCUUUUGAAAGGCAGUCAAUCGUUGCUUCUCUGUGAAUUAAAGUGUUGCAGCAUUCAUACAAAGCAUUUUAAGGCCACAGCUUCAUAUCUGCCAUGGGAUGCUGUGUGGUGGAAGCUAGGGCUUAUUCUGUUGGGAGGUCAACUUACUGAUGCUAAAGGUUGUGGAUUUGUGUUUUCUUUGGUUUUGUUUUUUUCUAGCUUUCAGAACUUGGAAUAGAGACAGUAGAGUCCAGACCCCAAUGUUGACAGUCAUGCAUUUGAAAAUCUAUCCAGAUUAUAGAUAGGCAUUUAUUACUGACAGUGGAAACACACCAGAUACAAGAGUUUGGAGAAGCCCAGAAAUGCAUCACCCUGUCAUGACAAGGGCUGGGGAGGGGGAGGGGACAGUAGAGUACAGAGGGAUGGCUAUAAAUGCAUCUGCUUUAAUUUUUCGUCAAUAGAGUUGCGCAUCAUUAAUGGAAGGAGAAGGGACACAGAAUGAGAGGAUAAAUGCCAAGCCUCAGGAAGAAUCGGCAUAUAUCCUGUCACUAAACGGUAGAGGCUGAGUUUUCAGUGUGCAGUCAGAGUUGAAUUUACACAACCAAAGCUCCCGUUUGAUUGUAAUCUUGCCAAAAACAUAAUGGACGUAUAAAUGAACCUGGGGUAUAAGCAAUAAUAUACACUAGUGUCAUCAGCUACUCUAACCAAGUGGCUGGUUCAUUUGGUUGACGCUGACUAUGGCCUUUAACCAUGAUGGUUUGUUUUGUGUUUUUUAUUUCACAAAAAGCCAAUAAAAUUGUUUAGCUAUAAAA